GUCACCGCUUCCGCAACAACAGAAUGUGUGACAACAUGGACGCAACGGCCGAAGUUAGCCAGGAAAACGGGUUUACCGGCGAAAGUAGUGCCGUCAGGAUACAAGAGCGUCUCCAGAAGAGGCACCAGGAGAGGAUAGAGGAUGCCGAGCGGAGGAGAGAAGCUAAAGAGAGCCAGUCCGUGGCGGAAGAGAAGGGAGACUACUUCUUCAGCACUUUCAACAGAGAGCGGGAGUCAAUCGAGGAGCUGCUGUCCAGCUGCUCCGGAGCUGACAAAGCUACUUUGACCCAAAAAUUAGAGGAGGCUACGGCUAAAACGCUACAGCUACAAAAGUUUCUGAGUGAUAGCACUUUGUUUCUGAAGCAGUACGACCUGAGACAAGCCCAGGCUGCUCUGCAGAAACUACAGACCUCUCUUGCUGAGGUUAGAGAGGAGAGGCUGCCUAAGAAGAAGUUUGCAUUUAAAGCUCGCACCAAAGCAACAGAAAAAGCCUCUACCCUAGUGACAGACGCCCCUAAACCUGCUGUAGGGUCUGCUAGCACUGAAGUGGAUGGAUCUGCACUCUCUGUGAAGUGCGGCUUUUCCAACAUGAAUGAUGUGUCUCUCACAAAAACAGCAGAGGAGAUCCAGAAACAAGACGUGCUGUUAUCUCACCUAACUAACUGCAAAGUUCAUCUCUUCGGUUCUCCUAGCACGUUGCACCUGAAGCAUAUCGACAGGUGUGAGAUCCUGUGUGGGCCUGUGUCAAGCUCAGUAUUCAUUGAUGAGUGUAAAAACAGCACCCUGGCCUUUCCGUGUCAGCAGCUGCGGACUCACAACACCACGGACACUCAGGUGUAUCUGCAUGUCACAAGCCGGGCCAUCAUUGAGGACUGUCGUGGAGUGAGCUUUGCCCCGUUCUCGUGGUCAUAUCCCACACUGGAGGAAGAUUUUGCGGUGUCUGGACUAGACCAGAACCUCAACAACUGGGACCAGGUGGAUGACUUCAACUGGCUUGCUGCUGGAACGCCUUCCCCAAACUGGACUGUAAUUCCAGAAGCAGACAGGAAAACCAACUGGGACUCUUAGAAUAAAGACUGAAAAACCAUCACCCUGGAUGAUCUCAGCCCAAGCACUGACAUAUAGAACCAUUUCCAUUUGCUCUAAUGAAAAUCCUUCAGUUUCACUUAUUAGUAAUUUUAUGCUGCUUCUGUUGACAGAUGUCAUUUAAUGACCGUUGCACUGCUUCAAGAAGUUUUGUAUGACAUGGGCAAAGUAACACUACCAAAAUUUAAAUCCAAAUCCCAUGAUGACUGCGUGGAGAAUUCUUAACUUUGCCAAAAAUCAUACAUUUGGUGUAUUAAAACCUUUAUUCUUCUGCCUAUGCUUUGCAAAAUACUAAAAAAUAAAGUGGACAUUGCAAAACUUUUAAACAGUUAAAGACUAUAAAUAGCAAUCAAAUUCUUCUUUGCACCAUUUGAUUGUUGUCAUUUUUGGUGGCACAAACAAGCCUAAUUGGUAGUUUCUUUGCAAUUUUCUGAUUGUAUUUUAUUUUUUGCUUUUUUAUUUUUAAGCAAGUUGUAUCUAAUAAACUGAAAAUGG